UUUUUCGCAGGCUUUUCUUCCUACAUCUACUACAACUCCUGGCUGCAGCUGAGCGGCAACCUCUGCCACAUGUCCCCAUCGGAAGCGUUUGCUUUUCUUUAUCCCACGGUGAAUCUCCGCGACUCCACGGUGUCUGUGUCCGGCAACCGAUUCAUGUCCAGCACUGACAAGCCAAUAAUACUGCAGGUACCCACGGUGUCCCGCGAUCUCACAAACGGAGCGAUUGUGGCUGCGUGCAACACCGUGAACGGCGAGGAGGAAGCGAACUACGUCAUUCCGUCCGUGUACAAUGCCACCGUUCUGGCCUGCAGUGAUCCAUGCGCCCUUGCGACGUCGUGCUUCCCUGCGUACACGACGACGGCCUCGAGUGAUGGCUGCGCCUGCGCUUGUGCUGAGGGCGGCCACGGCGAUGCGUGCCUGCCCGUUGCUGCUCCCGAGCCACCGAGCACCGACGGCGCCGAUUUGUGCGUGCGGGACGUGCGUGUGGAUGAAGUGGUGAACGCCGGUCUCGGGACGUCGGUGGUGUGCUACGUUGGCGUGACCUUUGCGGCGGACGUCGUGGUGGACGUGGAGUCGAUGUCUGGGAGCGUGCGCAACGUGACGCUGGCGAACUGCACGUUUGUGGACGGAGCGAGCCUGUACGUUGUUGGGUGGCUGUCCGACCCGCCUGCUGGCGAGCGCGCCGAUGUGCUGAUCAGCGGGCUUGAGUCGCGUUCUGGCGGCGGUGCGCUGGUGGCGAACCGAUUUCCGCCGGGCUCGCGCAUCACUGUGGUGGACUCGGUGCUGAUCGCAGAGAAGCGUGUUGUGUACCAUGACGCCUACGACCUUGGCGAUGCCUCCGCGUGCCUCGUGUUGCACAACGUGAAUCUGACGGGGAGCGUGCUGACCAUCGCGCGCACGCAUUUGGCGGCUGUGUUCCGCGACGCUGUUGGCGUGUUGGUGGUUGGCGGCGUGGCGGUGUCGUCGCGCGGCGCGCUGUACGUGGACGGGCUGUCGGUGCAGACGGCGCUGGGGCUGUGCGUGUCGGUGGAGGGCGGUGUUGCGGCCAUUGGCGGCUCCGUGGUGGCGUUUGUUGACAGCGACUUCCUGCUGUGCAAGCACGCGGUGUCUGUGCGUGGGGCUGUGAGCGUGUCGGGCUCCGCUGUGGCGCUUGUGCGGAACGAAUUUUCGUCGACGGAGGACUACGCGGUGACGUUUUAUUCGACGGUGAGCCUGGCUGGCGGGUCGAUGCUGCUGGCGAGGGGCAACGUGCACGACGGCGUCUCGAGGGAGAUGCUCUACGCUGCUGGCGCCGUGACCGCUGCUGGGAGCACGCUGAGUUUCGUGCGCAACCGAGCACUGCUGCCGCGGAUGGUCUCGCUGAGCCUGUCGCUUGCGGCUGGGGCGCAUUUGAGGGUGGCGUGCAACGACGCGGGUGGACGUGUCCUGUCGACGGCGGAGGAGUACGCUGCGGCUGGUUUUGGCGACGCUGGGAGCAUCGACGUUGUUGGGUGCGACGUCUGCGACAGGGACACGCACUGCUACGCGCCCGGGACGGCGUCUGCGAGCAUGAGGAACGGUAUGUGCGUGUGCGCGUGCGGCAGCGGCGGGUACGGCGAGGCGUGCGUGCCUGUGGGAGCUCCUGCACUGCCGCCCGCUGUGGGCACCGCGUCGAGUGUGUUUGUCCGCGAGAGCGUGACGGUGCGGUCGGUGUUCGUUGUGCCUGCUGGCGCGAGCGAGGUGACGCUGCGCCACGUUGUGCUGGACGGCGUGAGUCCGGUGCUCUACGUGCCGUGGAUGGCGCGGGAUGGCGUGCGGAUCGUUGUGCAGAACGUGUCGUUGCGUGACGGCGCCGUGCUGUACGUGAUGGGCGGUGGAGCGUUGCGCGGUGCGGUGGCGGCGUGGAGCGACGAGAGCGGGCCGGUGGAGCUGUCCGUGUGCAAUGUGGAGGCGCUGAACGGUGCGCUUGUGCUGACCGGCACGUUUCCCGCGGGGUCUGUGCUGACGGUGACGGACUCCCUGCUGGUUGCCGCGACGUCGACGCCGCUUGUGUAUCUUCCCGGCUCGCGGUCCUCGCCGUACGCACCGGUGCUGGUGCUGUCGGGCCUGCGUCUCGUGCGGUCCGUGCUGGUUGUGUCCGGCGUUGCCCUCGUGACCGUGGUGACUGGUGGGCGGACGGUGGCGGUGGACGGCGCCGUGCUGGAGCUCGUCGGUGGCGGUGUCGCGCUGGACUCGGCUGUGUUCGGUGGCGAAUAUGCGUUGUACGCGAGUGCGCGCGUUGUUGCGUCGGGGGGCGCUGUGCUGCGCGUGUCGGGGAGCCAGGUGUACGCCGCGCAUGGGUUGGUGUUUGACAGCGGUGUGGAGGCCAACGCGUCCGCCGUCGUGGUGAACGACAACGCCGCUGCGCUGACGGAUGGCGCGCUGCUGGUGCUGCGGGGGCCGGCGUCGUUUGGGUCCGGGUCGUGGCUGUCGGUGCGCGGCAACAGCAUCAGCGGCAGGCUCCUGUCUGUGCCGUCGUACCCGCGCAGUGCGGACCUUGUGCAGAGCACGCUGACGCUCCACGGGAACGCUGGCAGUGGGCCCGUUGUGAUGGACGGCACCGUUGCGCUUGUGGGCGCCGGCCGAAGGUUCGUCGUGGGGUGCCUGACGCUCAACGGGCAGGCGCUGCAGCCGAUGGACUACAGGUCCGCCGGCAUCAUCGGGGAAUUCCGUCCCGUGGCGUGUGGCGUGUGCGACGCCGACGUGCGCUGCUUUGCUGCUGCGACGAGGGCGAUGUCAGGGUCGUGCGGCUGCCGCUGUGCUGAGGGCGGGUACGGGCGCGACUGCCUGCCGGUGUACCUGCCGCACGUGGACGGGUGCAACCGCACGCCCGCUAUGCCGCCGCUGAGCCACACGGCAACGCUGACGGAGACGCGCAGCCCGACACCGACAUGGACGCCAACGUGGACGCCAACUCCGACGCCGAGCCUGAGCGCAACGCACUACAGUCCGACGCGGUACGGGCCGACGGAGACCCCGCAGGUGACGGAGACGGUGGCGCUGUCGCCCACGCGGACCCCGACGGCGUCGGUGAGCAGCACGCUGUGGUGGAGCGACGUGGCGUGCCCUACACUCACCGUGACGACGACGGCGGCUGGUGGGAGCCUGACGCAGAAUGACAUCCGCGGCGGUGGGAGCGCCGUCCCGACACGGCUGAUGGUGGCGCUGCCGCCGCCGUUUCGGUGGGCACGCGACCCGCAGCUUGGCACGCAUCUGAGCUUCGUGCCGGUGUCGACGGCGCAGCCGAGUGGGUUCGGCGGUCCGUGGGGAGCGAUGCUGAGCAACGCGACGUGGGUGCGCAACGCGACGAAUCCGUCCACCGUCCUGGAGCUGGCUGUGCCCGUGCACCGCGGUUACUUCAUUGCAGCCGACGAGACGAUAGUCAUUCGCUGCGACGCUGUGGCGGUGUCCGGCGGCUGCAAGGGUGUGCUGCUUGGGUUCUUCACGAUCAGGUCCGCCACGCUGCCCGCCGCUGCCAGCGCCCUCUCGGCGAUCACCGGCGUUGUUGCGGGUGCGGCGGCUGUUGCGGUGGUGGUGACCGGCGGGCUGGGCUCCAUCCUGGAGAUGCAGGCGCUCGGCGUGUUUGCGAGGAUGUCAUGCGCCUCGGCGCAGGAGCGUGCGAGCACCGUUGCGCUGCCGUACUUCCUGUCGGUGUUUGCUGCCCUUGACCCGCUGUGGAUGGUGGUGGGCAACGCGCUGCUCGCCGCUGUGUUCGGGUGCGUGCACUACAGUGUGACGGCGGCCUUCGAGCGGUGGCGCGGCGUGGACGCGGCGAGUGCGUGGGCGGCGAUGCGCUUCCCGAGCCUGACGUACGUUGUGGCUCACGCGAUGCACCUCGGCAUCUUCUUUGGCUCCGUGCUUGCACUGGCGACGCCCGGUGCCCGCGUGCAGCACCGCGUGAUUGGUGUCGUUGGUGUGCUGUACGGUGUGGCGUUCCCUGCUGGUGUGUGCUACUUGAUUGCCCGCCACACGGGCGCGAGCUUCGAGAGGUACUGGCAGUUUUCGAGGAAGCCGCUGCACGAGCGCCUGCUGUACCCCGUCGGGUAUUGGCACCCCGCGGCGCAGCAGCGGAUGUACGGCGGCAUGCUGACGAACAUGAGGGGCAGCCACGUGUACUGGUGUGUGUUCCAGCUGUCGGUGCUGUGCGUGGUGUGCCUGAUUGCGGCUGUGCACUCGCCCGUGGGAGGCUGCCGCGUCCAGUACUUCUGCAUGGCGGCUGUGCUGCUUGCGGGCGCGGGCGUGGUUGCCUUCACGAACACGAUGCGCUCGGCCUUCCUGACGGUGAUGCGCACUGCGAGCUUUGUGCUCCUUGCGGUGCUGUGCGUGGUCAGCGCGGCCAACCACCUUGCGCCGAGCGACGGCGGUGCGAGGGCGUACGCGGCUAUCGUGCUGCUGCUGACCACUGUGCUGCUUGCGGUCACUGUGUACAGUGUCGUUGUGUGGCACGCGGAGGACCGCCACUGGCAGGAGCUGCGCGAGCCGCGGCGUGGUGUGCUGGAGGCGCUGCUGCGCGAUGACGAGGAGAGCGACGAGGAGACGCAGAAGCCCCACGAAAUGGCGUCAUCGUCGUACGCCUUAGGCACCACCGUUGCGUCGUCGUACCAACCACCCGCGCCGCCAUCGCAGCUCAUGGCCGGUGACACCCGCUCAGACGCACUGAGCCUGUUCGACCGUUCAUCCAGUGCGAGCCGUAUGAUCGAUUACGCCGCCAUGUGA